AUGCCGCUGUCACCCACCAUCGUCGUUGUUGCCACCCACCUCCAUCCCUGCCAUCCACCAUCGUCGUUGUUACCUUCGAUCACCGCCACCACCCACCUUCGAUCAUCGCCGCCACCAUUGCCGCUUCCACCUCCGAUCAACGCCACCGUCGCCACCCACCUCCACCAUCGCUGUCAAUUACCACCAAAACCCACUGCCACAACCGCUAACCACCUUCCACCACCAUCGCCACCGCUACCACCUCUAACCACCGCCGCCACCCACCUUCGCCGUCACCCACCACUUCCACCGCUGUCACCACCCGUCGCCGUCUCCACCCACCGCCACCACUACAACUGCCACCUAUCACCACCUACCAUCGCCGCCCAUCAUUGA